GUUUGCUUUUUCUAUUAUUACCCUUCCCUUCUUUAAAAUACAAAUUAUUCUUUGCAAACACUUGAUCUUUUACUUUUAUCCAUAACAUCAAACCAUCUCUGACGAGUUUGAGCUCCUCCCACCCUCCACAAGCACAGGAAAUAUGCGUAUUAUCUUGAUGUUGUGGAUCUAAUCAGUCUUUCUGAUUUUUGCUUUGGACGGUGUUCUUGAAGAGAGAAGUUUUGGAUUUGGAAGAGUUUAAAACCUGAUUUAUCGACACCCGGAGUGAUGUCUGAAAUGAAGCAUGAUAUUACUAUAUAUCAAGACUCAAGUCAGAACAUAACUCAGAAACUAUUCAUCUUUGUUGGAGUGAUAGCCUAUACUGUUUUAAUUUUAAAGAUUAUGACUCUUCCCACUAAACAUGCCUUGUCUCCUCUGUUUCCUGGUUUUACUGUCCCCGAACUGGAUACCAGUUCUCGAACCGAUGGUAUUGAUCCUACAGAGAUACAAAACAUUGAUGUUUCAGUGAAUGAAGGAGAAAACAACCAUGGUUUCAUGGUUAAACAGUUAGAGCCAGAUGUAGAAAAGAAUGGUAAUAUGGAACUUCAAAUUGCUGCUGAGAUGGUGGAAGAAAACCAUGCUGAAACUUAUUCUGGAACUGAUGAUAAGCUACUACUGCACAAUGGCAUGAUUGUUUCCAAUGAUAGUUCUAUGGGGAUGGGGAAUAAUACCAAACAUUCAGCUCCAAAGAUUCAGGAUAUGAACCAACAACCAAUUUCAGAUAUCUGAAUUUUAGUCUAUUACUGACUCUGAGGAAUGUACUGAAAUAUGAUAUUAUGUUGCAGAUAAUUAGUUUUUCCAACUUCAUUUGCAGCUUAAAUUCCUCAGCAGGCACAGAACAUAGUAUGAAUUUCUACCUUAUCUGUUGUGAAAUAAUACUCAUUUUUCUUGUGCCAAUACAGUAAUUUUCUUCAUUGGGCUUCAUAUACAAUGUAAGAACAUGAUGUAUCCAUGAGCUUAAAUAAAUAAAAUCAGUUAUUUUGAUGAAA